AUGGAGAGGUUGGAGGACCCCAUCGACGACUUGGAGGACCUUGGUGGUGCUUUGGAGGACCCUGGUGACAGCUUGGGGGACCCUGGUGAUGCUUCUGGAGAGGUUGGGGACCCUGGUGAUGCUUUGGAGGACCUUAGUGACAGCUUGGAGGACCUUGGUGAUGCUUUGGAGGACCCUGGUGUGACCUUGGGGGACCCUGGUGCCACCUGGGGGGACCCCAGUGAUGCUUCUGGAGAGGUUGGGGACCCUGGUGAUGCUUUGGAGGACCCUGGUGACAGCUUGGAGGACCUUGGUGGUGCUUUGGAGGACCCUGGUGUGACCUUGGGGGACCCUGGUGGCACCAUGGGGGACCCCGGUGAUGCUUCUGGAGAGGUUGGGGACCCUGGUGAUGCUUUGGGGGGAUCUCGGUGGUUAUGGAGAGGUUGGAGGACCCCGGCGACGACUUGGAGGACCUUGGUGAUGCUUUGGAGGACCCUGGUGGCACCAUGGGGGACCCCAGUGACGCUUCUGGAGAGGUUGGGGACCCUGGUGAUGCUUUGGGGGGAUCUCAGUGGUUAUGGAGAGGUUGGAGGACCCCGGUGA